AUGGCUGCAAAAUCUGACAAUUUUGUUCGCUGCUUCGAUGUUUCAGACCCACAAAAGCAUCCCAAGGGUCACACAAUUUAUAAAGUUACAUUUAAAAAAUUUUCGAAGAAAACAACUGACCUAGUGGAAGAGAUUUUGAUUUGGAAACGCUACAACGAUUUCAAAAAGUUAUACAAAAUACUCAGUGAUUGGCAUCGAAAGCUGCAGAAACACGAUGACUUUCCUCCCUUUGCUAGAGCCACAGUCUUUGGACGGUUUGAAGAUGCUGUGAUAGAGGAGAGACGCCACUGUGCCUUUGAAAUUCUAGCAUUUGCGGGCAGUCAUCACCACCUGUACAGGCAUCCUGCUUUCCUGAAAUUCUUUGAGGGAGGUGAAAAAGUUGAUCCUAACCGUGAGAUUAAUAAGAUUGAAGUUCUCCUGCCCCAGCGACAACAUCUGGCCAGAAGGUACAGCUCCGAUUCCCUGACAACCACAGAUACUGCAUCCACAUCAGCUGUAGAUGAAAAUCCUCCGGAGGAAAACAAGGAGGACGAUCUUGGUGGAGUGUGGCAAUAUCGACAGUCCAUGGACAAUAUAAGUCUCAACUCAAAUGAACUUGGAGGCAGCGAGGAAGACACGGACUUCACUGAUGAGUCGGCUCUUAGUACGCCACUCCCCGACAGCGACAUGUCAUUCUUCGAUCCAAUCAUUGAGGCCCCAGAAGCCGGUAUGACGGGACAGGAAUUCAGUAACACGUGGCUGUUGUCGGCUAUGAGCGUUUGUGCCGAACUUGAGGAUAAGUCAGCUGAGCCCUCUCCCCAACACCAGCCGAUGGAUGCACAGAUUUUGAGUAGUAAGGAUAUGAUGGCUAAAGAACUUGAAGAGAUGCUGUUCAUAACUAGAACAACGGAAAAUGAGGCAAUUGAUUCAUCAGAUUCAUCUUUCCAACCUGCUCUUCAGCAACCCCAAGUUUCCGAUUCGUCAACUUCUCAAAAUCAAAGUGCUUCUAAUUCUAAAGUUCUUUCUAAGGCUAAGAAUGUUCUGUCUCGGACAAUGGAAGUGAUAGCUAAUCGUAGCCGCGCGGUGUCAGCAGACAGUGUGUCCACCAUGGACCUGGGCGGGAGGGAAGACUAUAUCUACCAAGCAGCCAGCCAGAUCUGUUCGGCCCAGGAAUGUGAAGCAAAUGGGAAUUACGAGAUGGCGUUUGGCAACUAUAAGAAUGGUGUGGCAAUAUUACUUAAGGGCGUGCAAGGUGAUGUGAACAAAGCUCGCAGAGAAGCUGUGAGAAAGAAAACAGCCCAGUAUCUACUCAAAGCAGAAGAUCUCUACAAUAGACAUCUGAAACCCAAGAUAGAUGAUGAGCAUAGAUGGGGACAUAACAGUAAACUCUCGCCUCCAUCGGACCUUGACCCCGGCAUAGCCUUUCUCCAAGGACCGACAUCAGAAUUGAAGAACUACCGAGUGUUGGGUAUUGUUGAUGAUGUCAUGCUCGUCUUGGAUAAGAAUACCGAGAACACUUAUGUUAUGAAGACUUUGGCCAAAUCAGCUGGGAUCGUGCAACCUUCAAAGAAGAAUAUCAUCCCACCCAAUAUUCCAUACAUGGUUCGCCUCUAUCGUUUCUACGAGACAGACUGUAGCAUCCAUUUGCUCCUCCAGCAUGCUAGUGGUGGCAAACUCUGGAACUACAUCAGUUCCUACUUGAAUCAAAAUCUAGGUGAUGAAAAGAGGGACCGGCAGUUUGAAAACCUGGCGGAUAAUGUCUACACCGGACAUAAAGUCAUGGAUACAGACACUGAUUAUCAUGACAAUAUUAUGAGUGUUCCAGUUAGCCAUGAUGACACAGAUGGCUCUAGUACGCUUGAUAUUGAGUGCAGUACCAGUUAUGCAGAACUGAUGAAAGUCUACAGGUCUGAGAGCGUCAAUGAAGGUUUAGAUCCGGAUGUUCACUUGAAAUCGGAUACGUCAGAUGUCACGUCAUCAUCCGUGACAACAGUCUCUGGAUACAGGACGGAAAGUGUCAAAAGCUCCAACUUUGAGUUGUCACCAGAGACAGGUGAAGUCGUUAAGAAGUCCUCUGGUCCUCAACUACAGAGUUUCUCAUCUUUGGAUGAUGUUUCUUUCUCUAGUGAUGCAGCGGGCCUCACCCCCGUCACUCCCCCUGUUGGUGCUAACAUGUUUUCAGAUAUUCUAAGCGGCGCUGCGACUAAACCUGGACUGGAGAAUUACAGCAUCGCCAGUAUUGAUAGCGAUCGUCGGCAUAGUAGCACACCAAGUUGGAAUGAUUUGGAAUCCGGUGAUACCUCGGUUCGACAGGUUGAGAGUUCCCCUAUUCUCCCCAAGGCUCCCAGUAGAGACAUUGACCACCAAGAGGAUGUACGUUUGUCUCCUGUUCGUAAGUACAGUUUAGAAGGUUUCUUAGAUGACAUUCCCGAAAAUGACGAUAUUUGUGAUAAUAUAAUUCAGUUAGAUAGCGAGGGGCGUGAGGUUAGAAGAAAGGGUAGCUGUGAUAUCCCUCUGAAGGGUGAAAGUGGUGCUAGUUCUGGUGUCGUUGAACCAGACGAUGGUUUACCAAGUACAAAGGAACUGGUAUCAAAUGCACGGCAGUUGCUUAGGUCUGUUGAUGAGACUUUGAAGGGGAAAGAUGUUGGCCCUGUUGAGGGUGGCAAUCUGGUUGCGGGCAGUCAGGAAAAUGAGAACAAAGAAGAAAAACGUGUGUCUACGUUUGAUGAUGUGUUUGUUGCGAACAAAAGUGAUCAAUGUGAAGGGGAUCUUGUUCCUGAUGAGGACAAGAUGUCUGAGGACUCGAGUGAACCUUGUAUUUACGAUUAUAGCAAACCUGUUGGUGCUGACAGUGAUAGCCUAUUAUCUGCCGAUUCAAACAAAUUACUUGCCCAGCCGGAAGAAGAGAUGGACCUGGAUGCUGGACAUUUAUCAAGUGAUAUGGAGUACAAGAAAGUCACCAAUGCCAUAACUUACAGCUUCUUAGAGGAAAGCGGUAGCACCAUGAUAGCAUCAUCACCAAGCGACACACACUCCCGGACUAGUUCUGUUCUAAGAGGACAGGAGGCGCUAAUCGUAAAACAAGCCAAACCAAGUAAAUUGGAAAGAUCUUCCUCUAAUGAGAGUGGCGAGAGACGGUUCAGUUUAGGUUCGCUCUCUAAACCUAGGAAGCGCCACUUGUCAUCUGUAUUUAGUCAGUUGGACCAGGUAUCUUCUGUGAGAGAUUCCCAGGCGAACCUUCCUGAGUCGUGUGUGCGGCAAUGGGGUGCAGAGAUCGUAUGUGCAAUCGACAAGCUUCAUUCUCUUGGAAUAAUGUGCAGGGACUUGCGACCUGACAACAUUCUACUUGGAGAACGUGGCCAUAUCUUGUUGACAUACUUUAGUUCAUGGAUCGAGGUUCAGAGGGAGGUGCAUGCAGAUGCCUUGGAAGGAUUAUAUUGUGCCCCAGAACUAUGGGUUUUCACUGAGUCUGUCUCACCUGCCUGUGACUGGUGGAGCUUUGGUGCUGUACUCUUUGAGUUGUUAACAUGCAAGGCGUUACAUUCUUGUCAUCCGAGCGGGAUCAACUCUCACACCCAGCUCAACAUUCCUGAUCACGUAUCUGCCGAGGGACAAUCAAUUCUCAAAGAGUUGCUAUGCUACCACGCAAAUGAGCGACUUGGUUCUGGUAUGAGUGGUGCUGAUGAGGUGAAAAUGCAUCCUUUCUUCCAUGGCAUUAAUUGGGCAAACAUUUACUCCACCGGCAUGUAAGCGUCUACGUGGCCGUCUCUCGGAGGAAGGGAUAUUCGGAGGAGCCUUCCCUGUUCUGUACUGAAGCGUGGGUGCUCCUCUUGUGAUUCUAGACUGCAGUGGAUGUGAGAGGAGAGACACAUGUUUCUGAUGCAAUCACAGACAGCUGUUCCCAAACUCUGAGGCCGCGGUAUAUCAGAUCUGGGCUUCUUCAAAUGGCACGGACUGUUAGUGUUACAAUCUACCCUUUUAAUAUGCCAAGUUGUGCCUUGCACAGGUUAUGGAGUCAUAGAACAAUCCCUCAGUUAGCUAAUCACUACUUAACUACUUAACAAAAUCAAAGCUUUAAAUGUGCAUUGGCAUUGGACUACGUGAAACAUUGUCAGUUGGUGUAACAGUCAUUUUCUAAUGUUGAGGUUCUUGUGUACUGCAAAUAGAAAUUGAAUAGCCUAAAUGGUCUCCAUGCUAGUUUCCACAUGUUGUAUGUGGCUUCUUUAAUUUAACAUUAUACAUGUAAAGGAAAAGUGACACACUCGAGAGAGCCUUGAUGUCUGAAGCCUGUACUUGAUUCAUGUACAUAUUUAUUCUGAUGAAAAUCACUUGAUGUCUAUUUGGUAUACUUACUUGUUUUUAAAUAAAAUGACAACU